AUGACCAGUAAAAAUUUGGCGAUAGACGCUUUGCUAGUAUCAGCAAUGAACGACGAUGACCCAGGAAAGGGACAGUAUGGUAUGGAACGGAACGAUAUGGUACGGCUUCCUCGUGAAUUUCAUGGACCAUUGGUCAAUGAAGAUUCUAUUGGUUUUCAAUUUGAUCGACGUCGUAGACGUCAGGAAGGAAUGAAACGUAAGAAACGGCGACCAUCUAGCUUUCACAUGAACAAGAGUGAAUCAGCAUCAAUUGCAGAUCAUGUUCUGCAAAGUAUAUCUAAAAGUAAUGUGGAAGCGGAAACCCAGCAAGUUGAAUCAAAGAAAGAAAAUCCGAAUGAGAUUGUUACGACACCUAUUGCUGAGAAACUAAUGAGUAUCGUCCGAGAUGUUUUGAAUGAAAGUUUAAUUGAGAUAUCGGCACAAAUUGACUUUCAAAGUGAUGACACAGAAAAAGUUUCAAAUGAUGUUCUGGAAAAUAUUACAGCUGAACAUAUACAACGUUUAUUAAUAGAGAUGCAACAACAAGAUGAAGUUCGCCAAAUUCUUACCGAAAGGAUUAAUUGUAUUAAAAAUGAACAAGAUGAUUGGAAAAAUUACGAAAAAGGACUAGCAGAUCAAGCACAAACACAAAAAGAUGAGCUUGAAAAGUUUGUAACAUUUUAUCUUAAAGAAGAAUCAACAAGUGUUCGUAUCGAUGUAAUUAGCUAUUAA